AGGAGACAAAAAAAACGACUGCGUGCGAGCCACAAGAAUGGCUGCCAUUAAUCUCGCCGGCAUAUCUCUCCAGCCACCGAAUUUCUUCUCUGCCGAUGGAACCCGCCGAAACCGCAUUAAGUUUCUACGUAAGAAGAGAUCGAUCUCGGCGUCCGUCGUGUCCUGUUCGCCGGAAUCUUCUGCAACAGAUCCCGAGAAGCCCGAAAUUGAGCUCGAGUUUGUUGGGCCAAAGCCGGAAAGCCACGGCAAGUAUUCGGUGGAGAGAGCAAAAGCGGUGAGUGGAGAGAAGCUAUUGAGGAACAUUAUGCUGGAUAACAAGAUUGAGCUUUACGCUGCCUAUGGGAAAGUAAUGAACUGUGGAGGUGGCGGAAGCUGUGGUACUUGCAUUGUGGAGAUUCUUGAUGGAAAGGAUCUUUUGAAUGAGAGGACAAAUACUGAACUUCGGUAUAUAAAGAAGAAACCUGAAUCCUGGAGACUUGCUUGUCAAACUAUCGUGGGCAAUAAAGAAAACUCAGGGAAGGUUGUGGUUCAGCGGUUGCCCCAAUGGAAAAAGUGAUUACUAAGUCUCCGUUUUAAACAUCACCAAACCUUGUUUUGAAGGAAGCAUCAUGAAAAGUGUGGUCCUCAAGAACUCAUGGUAACCUGCUUCUGAAUCAUUUGCCACGCUGCAAAUAUGUAUAUUAGUCAUUGCAAUAUGUUACUGUGUUUUUGUACAUUGUCUGUGGACAACAGCGUUUACUUGUAAUUCAAGUAAGCGGGAAAAUGUAAAGGAACUACGAAAUUCUUCACUAAUUGUCUAUUGGAAGCAAUUAGUUAUCAUGCGGGUUUGA